AUGUGUGUGCUUUUGUUUGUCUUAAUCACACUUUCGUUUGGACAGCCUGGAACUCCAGAUAAACCAAAACAUGCAAAAGAAAAAGACGAACAACAUUUUCCCGAAAUGAAAUCACUGGAACAAACUCUUCCAACAGUUCAACAACCUCAAACACAACAACCAGGCAUUCAUCGUUUAAAUCCCGAAACUGCGCCUUUUGUUCCAAGACAACAAAACUUGCCGUCUCAACAUGAAAUUGUCCAACAACAUCCACAACAUGUACCACAACAACACUUUUACUAUCAUCAUCUUCAACAAUUUCCACAACAACAGUACUACUAUUAUCCACAACAGCUUCCUCAACAGACUGUAUAUCCAACACAACACUUCCCUCAUGUUGUUCAUCCUCAACAAUUAGCACAACAACAAUAUGAACAACUUGGAGCUCGACCUAGAGUUGUUCAAUAUACACAACAACAACACGUUGUUGAACAUCAUCUUCCACCACACAUUCCACAACAAGUACCACAAUUGCACCCUGCACAAAGCGAAAUGACUCCAAUUCCGUUCAGACCAAAAAUCGUUUUAUUUGAAAAGUAUUAUUUUUGUGACAGUUAUAAACCCCAAGAUAUCAAAGUCAACAAUUUUGCGAUUGUAAGAUUUUGGCCAGGUGAAGUUUGCCGAACAAAGUGGUGUGCAAUUCCAAAGAAAACACCCAGUGUUCGAGAAGAGUUUUUGCUACAUGGAUUUUGGCCUCAAAUUCGAAUUAAUCGCAAUCUCAUUUGUUGUGAAUUUAAGCUUCCUAUUUCAAAGACUGAAAAAUUGAUUUUAAAUAACGAGGAAUUAACAACUUUAAUAUAUGCAAAUUGGAUUUCUGUUGAAAAAUGUGGACUUUCAGUGUACCAAUUUGAUAAACAUGGAACUUGUGGGAUGUUAAAUUACGACAAUAAAAAUGCUAUAUUUGAAUAUAUUAAUACCGCUAUAAAACUGUAUAGAAAAUAUGAUGUUUGGAAAAUAUUAAAAGAGAGUGAAUUAAAAGUAGAACCCAACAAAAUGUACAACAUUGAAGACAUCAAAAGAGUUGUUGAAAAUGCAUGUGGCGCUGAACCCGUUUUUACGUGUUCAAGUAAAUAUUCAGUACAUGAAAUGAAAUUGUGUUAUGAUAUGAGGACUAACAGACUGAAUCCACACCCAGUGAAAUGUCUGGAUAAGAACUAUCGCGAAGAAAGAAGACGUUGUGGGAACCAAAUCAUGUUUGCUCCAUUCCCAGAGUACUUGUUAGAUCCAGAAACAGCUCCAAGAAAUAACUGCAUAUAUUAA